AUGGAGAGAUUCAACAAAGCGUGUUUGGAAAUUCAAGACUUGCCUACUGAGGUAGUGAUAAUGGGACUUGUCAAUGGCCUCCGAGAUGACCCCUUCUCCCAGUCUUUAUCAAAAAGGCAUCCGGCUUCCCUAAGGGAUGUACAAGAACGGGCUGAAAAAUACAUAAAUAUGGAAGAAAAUGCCAGGUUACGAGAGCCGAGUUGGCGAUCAGGGCACCUUCAACAGCCGAAGGAAAAAGAGAGGGAGCCCAAGAGAAAAGAAGAAGUCAGGCCCGAGAAGCCCAGAAGAUACCACACUUAUACUCUGCUACGAGUUUUCUUAGUAGAUGUCUAUAGGGAAAUCUGUCACACCGAAAAGCUUCCUCCUUUGCGUCCUAUUAAGAACAAAAAAGGUAGAAGUCGUAACGAAUAUUGUGAGUACCACAAGCUGAAGAGAGAUGAGGAAAACCACGAGCAGAGAGAUCCACCCCCACGGACUCCAGAACGACACAUUCAUAUGAUAUCAGGAGGAUUUGCUGGAGGGGGGCUGACCAAAUCGUCUCAGAUGAGGCAUUUGAAAGAAGUCUACCAGGUCGGAGAUAAUAGACCCGACCUUCCCACAAUCUCCUUCACCAGAGAAGAUGAACAGGGGAUCAUACCUGGGCACGACGACCCGGUGUUGGGAUUAGAAGAGAAGGAACUAAAAGCCUAUCUGGAUACUCUCUUCGGAUUGGGUGAUGCUCCUAUCAAGCCAUUGGGCUUCAUCCCUCUGUAUACAACCUUUGGAAAGGGAUUGAGGUCCAAGACUUUAAACAUCAACUUCAUUGUCGUCGAUGUGUCGUCGACUUAUAACGCCCUGAUUGGAAGGGCGACCUUAAACCGGUUAGGAGCAGUCGUCUCCACUCCUCAUCUUUGCAUAAAAUUUCCCACGAAAGAUGGAAUCGCUACCAUCAGAGGAGAUCAAAAGUUGGCAAGAAAGUGUUAUAAUGAAAGCUUGAACCUCCAAGGAAAGGGCAAAGAGGUCAAUGCAAUUAAACUCGGAGGAGUCUGA